UUUAUUUUAAACGGAUGGCUACUUUCGAUUUGAAACAACACUACCUUCUUUCGAUUUGAAAAAAUGACAGAAGUUAACUGUACCUGACGAUUUAAAAUGGGGCGUUACUUAUGUUGGUGCGGCAAAAAAGCGAAAUACAAAAUAAAACAAACAAGUCAUACGACACUUAACAAGGAGGAAAAACUUCCAUGUAAUACUAUAAGGGCACCAACUGACAAAAAGCAUGAAUGUGGCGACAUUGAAACAGGGAAUUUCGGUACACCACACGGGGGAACACAAACAUUAAAUGGCCAUAAUGAUCACGAAGAGUAUCAAGAACAUACCGAGAAUAAAUCACAACUAAAAAGUGAUUGUCAUUUGAUAAAUGAAAUUGAUACCACUGCUGACUUAAAAACGGGGAAUGGUUGGAAAUCCCAAGCGGGAUCUGAUUUUGCUAAAAAGGCUGAAUCCAUGAACAAUAUAGGACCACAAGAAGCGAAGGAAGAUAACAAAACGUAUCACGAACAAUUCAGCGUUGAGGUUCAUACACAAAGAUCCGCAGAUAAUGAAAUGAAAUUCGAUACACCAACAUCAUCUUCUCGUGAAGAAACGUUAGAGCAAGAAGUUUCUGUGGGAAACACACCAACUCCUGACAAUGAAACUACAUUGGAUGACAAAGAGUCAUUUAAUGAAAACAGCAUUAAUAAACAAAACCUGGACUUGGUAAAGACCACAGAAGAUUACAUUAAAAGUGCAGACAACACUGAUGAUGAAGAUACAACUAGCCAACAUGCUUUGUCUGCCAAACCACAGUCUGAAACUUACAACAAUACGCGUGAUCAAACAGAAAGUUCUAUUGUGUUCGGGGCAACUAUUCCGAAAGACCCUCUGCGUAAAGACGAAGACUUGAAGAUGAGCAGAAAUGAGAUCGCUUCUCCAUCUUUUCAAGAAGAUGCCGAUAAUAAUGCAGACAACAUUGAUGAUGCAGCUACAACUGGUCAACAAGUUUGGCUUGUCCAAACACAGUCACAGUCUGAUGCUAACAAUGACACGCCUGAUCAAGGAAAAGGUUCUAAUGAUUUCCGGACAACUCAACAGAAAGACCCUCUGCGUAAAAUGGACAACCUUAAGUUUUACAGAAAUGAGAUCGCUUCUCGCCCUUUUCCAGGAAGCUAUGUUGAAGACAUGUUGGCGUGGGAAGGAGAUUACAAGAAACUUGAAAGUAGCCAUUCCUACAUCCAGUGGUUGUUUCCAAUCCCUGGUUCAUCCGGUUUGAAUUACUCUGCACAAGAAUUAUUUGAUUAUGAGGCUAAGGAAAUAAUCGAAGAUUCCGUCGCCCAUGCGAGAGUUCUCCGUGCCUAUAAAAUGAUGCUGAAUUUCUACGGCAUGAAACUGGAGGAUGAAACUAGCGGAGAGAUUCGAAGAUGUGAGGAAAACUGGAAGGACAGAUAUGCACAUUUAAAUACUUCUUAUCACAACUACAUGCGGAUUACAAGAAUAUUGACGAGCCUUGCACAGAUGGGUUAUGAAAGGUUUCAACAACCCCUGGUACGGUUCAUAUUGGCUGAGGCUAUAGUAAACAAAACACUUCCUAAUCUCAAUUCAAGCAGCAUGGAUUAUUGGAUAGAGGCGAUAAAGGACGGGGAUGAAAUGUUUGCGAUGAUUAAAUUGAGACAAGAAAUGCAGAAAAAUACGAAAAACUUUGACCAGUAUGGUUAUCCAUUCACAAGUGAACAACCAAGCAACAUAAUGGCUUCUGUUGACGCUUUACUAGCCGUAGAACUUCAAACCAAAGGUACAAUAAUAAAUAUAAAAGCAGACAACGUUGAACAGUAUGGUAAUCAAACAGCUAGUGAUCCACUAAGCAGCAGUCAGACUGAUGGUGUCGCAGAAAGACCUCCUGGUGACGUUGAUCCAGAAAUAGACAUUGAUCCUCCACGUACAAUAUCAAAGGAAGACGCAUCUAGCGGCAAUCAUGAAAUUCAAGCUUGUCAGACAGUACAAACGCCUUUGGUUGUUCUAGGCCAAGAGGCAUGUAGUAAUCAUGAAAAUGAAGCACAAACUGGGGAUGAAAUACAACGUGGACAGAGAGAUGUAAUGGACAAGGAAAGUGACUAUACAGUAACAGAAAGUGGGUUUUUGCUUCAGCCAGGAAAUAUACAACAGGAGGCCUUGACUGUAGCUCAAGCUCCUGAAAAAGAGUUCAAAGAGGAUCAAACAGAUGGCAAUGUAAACAAAGAUAUACAUGACAAAUAUGGUGCUUUGAUUGAAAGGUCAAGCAAUGAUAAAAUACUUGGAAAAUCUGAAACUAAUAUUAUUCCUGACAAGGAUGAAUACACAUCUUGUGAUAAGAAUGAUCGAAUAGCUAGUGAUCCACUUAGCAGCAGUCAGACUGACGGUGUCGCAGAAACACCUCCUGGUGACGUUGAUCCAGAAAUAGAGAUUGAUCCUCCACGUUCAAUAUCAAAGGAAGACGCAUCUAGCGGUAAUAAUGAAAUUCAAGCUUGUCAGACAGUACAAACGCCUUUGGUUGUUCUAGGCCAAGAGGCAUAUAAUAAUCAUGAAAAUGAAGCAAAAAGUGAGGAUGACAUACAUCGUGGACAGAGAGAUGUAAUGGAUAGGAAAUUUGACUACAAAAUAAAAGAAAGUGGAGUUUUACUUCAGCCAUGGAAUAUACAACAGGAGGCCUUGACUGUAGCUCAAGCUCCUGAAAACGAGUCCAAAGAGGAUAAAACAGAUCGGAAUGUAAAAGAAGAUGUACAUGAAAAAUAUGGUACUUUGAUUGAAAAGUCAAGCGUUGAGAAAAUACUUGAAAAGUCUGAAACUAAUAUUAUUCCUGACAAGGAUGAAUAUACAUCUUGUGAUACGAAUGAUGAAACUCCCGGCGUAAACAAAGACAAUGACAGGGAAUGUAAGGGAAAGAACGAGCAAAGUAGUAUAGCUGAAGUGGACGAGGAAUAUGUCAAAGGAAAUGAUACGUUUUCACAUGAAACCGACGUUACGGUUUCACAUGAAACCGAAGUACCGACUGUCAAACAAACAUGCACGUCUUCAGCUACCGAUAGUAUAACAAAACCACGUCCGAAUCAGGAUGCACAUAAAAAGCCACCAUGUAAAGAUAAGGAGGAUGAUCAUUGUCAUGGAGAAAACCAUAAGUUCUACAGAAAUAAAAUCGUAAAAGGCCCAGGCACAACUAUAGAAGAAAUGCUCAAAGUGAACUUUGACACUCUACAUGCCAAUGACGUCUAUUGGUUUUGGUUGUUUCCGGUACCCAAGUCAGACGACAUCACUCCGAACCUUUCGCCCGAUGAAGCGAUUGCGAUUAAAAACGAUACAUUAAUGCAUGGACGAGUCCUGCGUGCAUUUAAAAGGGCGCUGGCAUUCUUUGGUAUGGAAAUGGUAGAUGAGACGACAAAGUCAAUAGGUAGAUGUCAGUUUAAGUUCAUGGAAGUCCGAUAUAAAAACUGGCAGGACAUUGAGUCGAGGCGAAUUCGCAAUUGCAAUCGUAUAACCAGAAUCCUUACAAGUCUUGGUGAACUUGGAUAUGAACACCUUCAAUGUCCAUUCGUCGAAUUCCUCAUGACAGAGGUAUUAAUCAAUAAAUCGCUGAACAAAAUUUCGAAAGAAAGUUUUGGACCCUGGAUUAACGCAAUAAAAAAUGAAGACACUCGGAAAACUUUAUUACAUAAAAUGAGGGAGAAGUCGUCAGAUUAAUUGGGGAUUUGGUGAGAAACAAAACUUCCACCCAUGAACAAACUUUUGCAAGUUCAUACUUAUUAUUUUGUAAUGGCUUGCAUAAUGCACUAAGCACAUGUUAUAAUUAUGUAAUUAGUCUUAUUAUGCUCCCCCAAAAUUUAUUUUUGGGGAAGCAUAUAGUCGCCGCUUUGUCUGUCCGUCCGUGUGUCCGUCCGUGCACAAUUUUUGUCCGGGCUAUUUCUCAGCAACAAAUGACCGGAAUUCAAUGAAACUUUAUGGGAAGCUUCACUACCAAGAGGAGAUUUGCAUAUUAUCAGCGGGUUGUGGUCGGAUGAUUUUUCACAGAGUUAUAGCCCUUUGAAAAUUUUGAAAUUUUCCAUUAACUGUACAUAUAGUGCAACUCUUGUCCGGGCUAUUUCUCAGCAACUAAUGACCGGAAUUCAAUGAAACUUUAUGGGAAGCUUCACUACCAAGAGGAGAUGUGCAUAUUAUCAGCGGGCUCUGGUCGGAUGAUUUUUCACAGAGUUAUGGCCCUCUGAAAUUUUCUAUAAAAAAAUUCUUGUCCCCCCAACUACUGUGCCCUCAAGACGUUUCCUUUUAUCUGCAUAUAUAGUGCAAUAUUGUGACAAAAAAACUUUGGGGAGCAUCACCCGUCUCCGACGGUUUCUUGUUAAUAAGAGCUCUAGCUGAGGCUAUAUAACUUUAAUGUAUAUAAACUCAUAAUUGAUUACUCUAGUUGAAUGUAUGAUGCACAAAAUGAUGUCCAAUGAAGAGGAGUAUGAUGUGCGCAAUUACGCAAACGUAGUAAAGAAAUAACAGUUGUUUAACGUUAUUCUUAUCUACUUUAUUCAAAUAUUUGCCAAAAUAUUGUUUACGGAGGAACUUACUAUGGAGCUUACUUGGCUUUAUUUAAAAUAUUUAUUUCAGAAACAGGUAUUGAUUGAUAAUACAAGAAAAUAUCGCAAUACACAAUCUUAACAUAAAAUGGGUUUAUAUGAUUUCUCUCUUGUUGUUCAAGUAAAUAUUGGGUUAAUAUAUUUUAAUUGUAAAUUAUGCAUUUCUUAAUGCAAUUUUGUUUAUUAAACAUUACAAGGUUUACAUCAUCGUAUUAGAUAAGGACAUUAUAUGAUAAACAAUGUAUUACAUAAUUUUAAAAAUAAUUCCAAAAAUGACUUGCUUUUUGAUAUAAGAUAUUAUUAAAUGCUAGUGAUAUAAUACUAAACUUGUCUAAGAAUUAAGUCCUUUUUUCCACAUUCCUUACUUGUUACUAUUUGUUUAAUUCAAAUAAUUUGAAAUAUGUUAAUGCAUGUAAUGAAAAUCAUUACAAAGGAGUAAAUGUACAUGGAAGUAAAUGCUAAAAAUACAGUUACAAGACGCAAUAACGUAUAGACAUUUGAUAUUAAACGAAUAAAUGAUACUAGCAUUGCCUGCUAAUUAUCAUUGGUUUGGUGUUUCCUCUGUCAUCUUGGACCAAGGUGACACGCCGAGAUUGUCUGGAUGAUAGUUAUUAAACGCACCAGACAUUGGAGCUCAUCAUCUUGAUACAAAAACCUUUAAAACAUAUGUUUAAUCGAAUCCCCCGAGUCUGCGCUCAGCGUCAUAUUAUCCGCUAACAAGUUAUACUUUUUACUCAGGAGGAGUAAUUAGGAAUAAUCUAACUUCCAACGUACAUCUUCGACGUGUUUGCAUUUUUUUAAAUGCAUACUGUAGAUCUGGUGUUCAACCUGUUUAUAUUAAAACAUAUUCGUAUCCGUGUUGUGUUGCCAUGAAUGUCCAAAACAGCUUAAAUGCUAUGUUUUCCAUUAUUUUACGCUCUUAAUUUACGAUUUGGCACACACAAACACACGAAUAAUAAAACAUUACAUGCACAUCCCAGUAACAUUGUUCGCUUAGCUUAUUACAAAAGCAAUGAUUUCCGGUAAAAAAAAAACACCAUAGCAGUCUGUAAUAUUUUUAAAUUAGACGAGUCUGACUAAGUAGAAGUUAUGUUGUUAGGUAUAACAAUCAUAAUCAAUGACAGCAAACUGCAGUUAACGAAUAAACUUCAUCAUCAUUCUUUUUGUGCUAGAAGUAAGACAUGUUUUUUUAAUAGCUAUGGAUUUCAUCGGCAGUGUAUUGGACUCGUAUGUAUAUUGUAUAUAUGUUUAAUAUGCUGAUUUGAAACCAGGAUUUGAGUUAUUUAUUUUAUGCUAUCAAUAUAGUUUAGUAGCCAUCUGUAUUGUUUAAUUAUUUAUUUUUGAGUAUAUACAAUAGUUAAUAUGUAUUUGCAAAUUGGUUGUUUUGUUUUGCAUAUAGUAACGAUAUAAAAAUAUUGAAAACAUGCACCUGUUUAAGUCUUGAAUAAAAUUGAACCACAAAUGC